AUGGUGAACAUGCGCCGCGCCCUGUCGAGCUUCAGUGAUGGCGAGUGGCUUGAGACAGCCUUCAAAAAGCACCGCUACCAAAGCGAGAGCUUGCAAAUCUGGCCGGCCAUCGAACUGUUGGCAUCGUUGUCAACAAGCCUUUUCCCGCUGGCACAGCGAGCACUUUACAUGUCUGUGGGCACAGUGAAGCACAGCGGCAGUGAGUUUGCUGCUGCUGCUCGCUGCGCACGGAACCUGCAGUGUCCCAUCAUCCUGGGCGAUGUGGAGAAUGAGGAUCUGUUCGACCCCGUCGGAGCCAUGGAAGUCACGCGCGGCCAGCCCUUGUGGAUGCGCUUGGCGGGGCCCUUCGUGCGCCCGCGCGAGGGUGGCAUCGACCUCCCCAAGGCCCUGAAGCACGUCUUCGCUGGAACAACGAAGAAGGGCGUCGGCUCACAACUCUUGGCGGCCAACGUCGUCCUCACUGUGUAUGCCUUGGCCAAGGAUGGCUUGAUCGACCCAUCUGCUUGGGAGACGCCUCCAAAGUUGAUCGCCAGCUGGGAAGCAGUCGCCGUCCCUUUGCUGGCAAUGGGCAUGACCAACUCGCUGAUCGCUGCCAUCUUCAUGUUCCUGCUCACGGCGACACGUGACGAGCAACUCUUUCGAGCGAUCGCAGAAGCAGCAAAGACCACGGUGGCAGAGAAAGGCGAUGGCCGGGUCGUGAUGGUGUGCGGCGUAGCCCAUGUGAAUGGAAUUGCCCGCCACGUUCAUGGGGCGGCAUCGUCGACGGACAAGUGA